CUCGCUCAUCACGGACGCAGCCGACAUGAAGAAUUCUUUCACCUCCAAAGUGCUCCUCCGGGCAGCUUUCCUUCCCCCUCCGUCGAGCUUAGAUCUCCCCCCCUGAUCGGCCACGGCCGGCCUUUCGCUUUGCGCGUGCAUUUCUUUGCCAUAUGUUAGUGGCGCUGCCGCCCACACCACCGCCGUUGCGUGCUCCAACCCCGCAAAGCUCCAAUCCUCCCCUCCCAAGUUUCCUCUUAUUCCUUGUCCCUCUUUCUCCUCGCCUCGAUCUCUCCCCGGCCGCGAAAGGAACCGCCGAUUCGGCGCGCGGCGCGCGCGCGCGCCAUGUUUAUAUAUACGCCAUGGACGCAGGGAAAGCAAGGCCCCUACUUUACACCUCUGCUCCGGCAAGUAGCUGUCGUCCGCCGCCGGCCAGUUUUGUCUUGGGGGUUUUGGAGGGGAGGAGAUCAGGUUGAGAUUUGGUCAUUUGGAGGGACGGCAUGGGCCGCAGGGCUUUCGGUCGCUUGGGCUUGGCUUUCGUUCUUGUUGCCCUCUGCGGUGGAAUAGAGCAGGGGAGAGCAGAGGCUGCCGGUGGAGCGACGCGGCACAGGAUGCUAACCACGAUCUCGGUGUCGAAGCCGUCCUACCCCACGGUCACCACGCCCAUGUCGACCUCCACCGACCCGGACUCGGCGCCGGGCAUCCCGUCGCCCACGUUCCCGUCGUUUGCGGCCGGGGACGGCGGUGGCGGUGCCGGUGGCGUCGGGGGCGGGGGCGGUGCCGGAACCGGAACCGGUGGUGGUGCCGGAGCCGGAGCCGGAACCGGUGGCGGUGGCGGUGCCGGUGGCGGCGGCGGCGGCGGCGGCGGCGGCGGCGGCGGCGGUGGCGGGACGUGGUGCGUGGCGAGCCAGAGCGCGAACCCGACCGCGCUGCAGGUCGCGCUGGACUACGCCUGCGGCUACGGCGCGGACUGCUCGGCGAUCCAGCAAGGCGGGAGCUGCUUCAACCCGGACACGGUGCACGACCACGCGUCCUACGCCUUCAACAGCUACUACCAAAAGAACCCCGUCCCCACCAGCUGCGACUUCGGCGGCACGGCCACCAUCACCACCACCGAUCCCAGUUCAGGGUCGUGCCGGUAUCCAGCAUCAAGCGGCGGCGCUCAGACCAUGAUGCCCCCGCCGUCCCCGACGACCCUGCCGCCGGCCGUCCCGAUGACCCCGACCCCGACGGCGCCGACCACGCCGGACACCAGUACCACGACCACCGGCACCCCCGUCUACGGAUUGUCCCCACCCGACUACGGCUCGAUGUCCCCUCCAGGCUACGGAUCGACGUCUCCCCCGGACUACAACGACGUCGGCGCCGCCGCGACGGCGGGGCAGGGUAGGGCGGCGCUGGCGCUCUUGUGCGUCCUGGUCGCGACGAUAUCUCUGCACACCUCCAAAUGAGAGGGCGCGCACAUCUGAAAAUGCCGAGCCGAGCCUACACGGCAGUUUCAGUUCAGGCGUUACAUGGGCGCGCCCCGUACGUGGUGGCUGAAAAGAUGCAGAGUUAAGUGCAUUGCACCAGGGGCCUCCGUGGUGGGUGUUGCUCGGCGCAGGGGAGAGUACAGCCGCAAAUCUGCUCUAUGGUGUUGUACGAAGCGUGGCGAUGCAACGCCCCACCAGUUCUAGCGUCAGCGCCAGAUGUUUAUAUGUAUUGGAGAUUAUAUUCUACUACUGUACUAUUUAUUUAUAGGAGUAUAUCAGAAAACUUGUUUCCUUGCU